AUGGCUAUGCAGGAACGCAAACUUCCUAUGGGGAAGAUCGAACCUAAUACGGGCAAAUAUUUCGUUAACUGUGCUCUAGGAGGCAUUAUUGGACCUACCCAUACAUCGGUAACACCACUCGAUCUGGUCAAGUGUCGCCGUCAGGUUGAUCCCAAGAUCUACACAUCUAAUAUCUCAGCAUGGCGCUCUAUCUUCGCCAAGGAAGGACUCCGCGGAGUAUUCUUUGGCUGGUCUCCCACAUUCAUCGGGUAUUCCUUCCAGGGCGCAGGUAAAUAUGGAUUUUACGAGUACUUCAAGUAUCUAUACGGCGACCAAAUGUUCCCCGGCAUGAACCGUACGGUGGUAUACCUAGGCGCCAGUGCCUCUGCCGAAUUCCUUGCAGACAUGGCCCUCUGCCCCUUCGAAGCUAUCAAGGUGCGCAUGCAGACGACUCUGCCGCCCUAUGCGCAGACGAUGCGCGAAGGUUGGAGCAAGAUCGUUGCCCAAGAAGGAUUCGGCGGUUUGUAUAAGGGGCUGUAUCCGCUCUGGGCGCGACAAAUUCCUUACACUAUGACCAAGUUCGCUACCUUUGAGGAGACGGUCAAUGCGAUCUAUAAGACUUUGGGCAAACCGAAAGAGAGCUGCAGUGGACUGCAGCAGACUGGAAUUAGUUUCCUGGGCGGUUACAUUGCUGGCAUUUUCUGUGCGAUUGUUAGCCAUCCGGCUGAUGUUAUGGUUAGCAAGCUUAAUGCUGAUCGUCAGGCUGGUGAGUCAGCCAUGAAGGCCGUGUCGCGCAUUUAUGGAAAUAUCGGAUUUUCGGGCCUAUGGAACGGUCUUCCCGUCCGUAUCGUCAUGUUGGGUACACUGACUGGAUUUCAAUGGUUGAUCUUUAACUCGGACAGUGUUUGUGGCUUUAGUAAACUCAAAGGUCCCUGUUGUCUCGUACCUCGCCGAAGAAACUUACCGGUCCCGUGGAAAGGGAUCCCCGACUACUUUCGCAUCCUCAAGACAUACACAGCACAUCUCACUCGCCGGUCCUUUGUCCCUGAACACCCUGUUGACUGGGAGUCUGAGACCAAGUGUUACUCCGCGCAACCCCCAUCAAUACGCAGCGAGACCUCAAUUCACCCAUCCAAACCCCUCAUCUACGAAUCAAAUCACCUUUUAUCUCAAGUCUCGACUUUUACCCUGGACCCUCGACAACAACAAUUCAAUCCAAACCACAACGAAAUCUGCCAUACAGCAUUAAACACAAUGGAGCCAUCUACAAAUCAGUCAACAUCAAUCGAAUCCUCGAACCCCCCGAGUGUCGAACAUGCCUACAAACGCAAAUGCGUCGCCUUAAAGAAGCGCUUAACUGAGAUCGAAAGAGAGAACGAUCUGAUGCGCGUCCGUAACCACCGCGGGUGGCAAUACAUCCAAAAGAUGCGUCUUGAGUCAUGCAUCCUGCUCGAGCGCCUAGCCAAGGUCACCGGCAUGGCAGAGGAGGCCCAGGCAGGCGUCAGCCCGGAGCUACGGGCCCGCGCCGCGGCUAUGAUGUCUAAUGCGGCGGUUCUGGAUCCUGGUGACAAGGAGGGUGGUAGUGGUGUGUAUUAUGCGGAUGACACGGAGGGGAGCUCGGAUGAACAGCCGCCUACUCCCCAAGAACGGCCUCUCCGUGUGAAACGAUCCCGGAAAUCAAAUGUCGGCGACGGUGUAGAUGAUGAUGCCACCCCCUCUGCUAACAAUGCGCCCGAGUCUUCGUCCGCUGCUGGAUCAGCCUCGCUUCCGCGGUUAGCGCCUGCACCAUCGCAGGAGGACAUGACUUCUUCAUUCCGCAUCCAGGCGGGCAACGACUCGGCACAAGAUAAAGAGAACAAUACCGGCUCCGGAAGUGACCGUGGUGGUAGCCAGAACCCGGAGUCCGGGUCAAGAGAACCUGGCCAAGGAGAGGUCUCUGUGGAGCCGACAACGCCUAUGGACAUGGAUACUAAGGAGUCGAAGGAGGACAGUUAG